AUGGUGUCUCAAACCCGACUUGACGGACGAAAAACUGCGGAAACAAGACCGAUUGCUGUAUCAUUUGACAAACUUGCGCGGGCGGAUGGCUCUGCACGGUUCUCGUUUGGAGAAACAAUGGCGCUGGCCUCGUUUUCAGGCCCCAUCGAAGUCAGAUUAGCCUCAGAGCUGCCCUCAAAAGCGACAUUCGAAGUCCAUCUACGUCCUCUCUCUGGUGUAUCAGCAGCAGACGCGAAGUCCUUGUCUUCGGCAAUUCGGUCAACUCUAGAGCCCUCGCUUUUCCUCAACAAAGCACCACGGACACUUGCACAACUUGUUAUCCAAAGCUUGUCACCAUCGCGAGGCGCAUCGUGGAGCGACACGUUGUCAGCUGCCUUUAUCAACGCCAGCUCGCUAGCCCUCGUCAAUGCCGCGUCUAUUCCUAUGCGUGGUAUUGUAUGUGCGGUUGCCAUAGGCUCGUUGCCGGACGGAACCCUCGUUCUGGACCCAAGCGACGCAGAAACAGCGAAGUUGAGAGGAACAGGGUGUUUUGCGUUCAUGUUUGCGGAUGAUAUCGAGGAAGCAGGAACGGACACCGACUGUGUGUGGACGAGCUGGAGGUCGAUCGUUGGCGGCUACGACGAGAAAGAACUCUAUCGGGCGAAGGAGGUGGCAAGGGAGGGGGCCAGGACGGUAUACAGUGCAAUGAAGAAGAGCAUCCAAGGGGCAAUUCUUGGUGUUGGGACUGUCGAACCGACAAGAGACGAGGUCGUGAAGACAGAGGAGUCGGAGAGCUCGGAUGACGACGAAAAGAUGAUCAUAUAG